AAGCACUAGCAUCACCCUACUGCACCACAAUACUGCACCCCCCUACUGCACUCCCCCUUACUGCAACAAAAUACUGCGCCACCCUACUGCACCACCCCUACUGCCCCCUCCCUACUGCGCCACCCUACUGCACCACCCCUACUGCACCUCCCCUACUGCACCACCCCUACUGCACCACCCCUACUGCACCACCCCUACUGCACCACAAUACUGCACCCCCCUACUGCACUCCCCCUUACUGCAACAAAAUACUGCGCCACCCUACUGCACCACCCCUACUGCCCCCUCCCUACUGCGCCACCCUACUGCACCACCCCUACUGCACCUCCCCUACUGCACCACCCCUACUGCACCACCCCUACUGCACCACCCCUACUGCACCACCCUACUGCACCACCCCUACUGCACCACCCCUACUGCACCACCCUACUGCACCACCCCUACUGCACCACCCUACUGCACCACCCCUACUGCACCACCCCUACUGCACCACCCCUACUGUACCACCCCUACUGCACCACCCUACUGCACCACCCCUACUGCACCACCCCUACUGCACCACCCCUACUGCACCACCCCUACUGCACCACCCUACUGCACCACCACUACUGCACCACCCCUACUGUACCACCCCUACUGCACCACCCCUACUGCACCACCCCUACUGCACCACCCUACUGCACCACCCCUACUGCACCACCCUACUGCACCACCCCUACUGCACCACCCCUACUGCACCACCCCUACUGCACCACCCUACUGCACCACCCUACUGCACCACCCCUACUGCACCACCCCUACUGCACCACCCUACUGCACCACCCCUACUGCACCACCCUACUGCACCACCCCUACUGCACCAGCCCUACUGCACCACCCCUACUGCACCACCCUACUGCACCACCCCUACUGCACCACCCCUACUGUACCACCCCUACUGCACCACCCCUAUUGCACCACCCUACUGCACCACCCCUACUGCACCACCCUACUGCGCCACCCCUACUGCGCCACCCCUACUGCACCACCCUACUGCACCACCCUACUGCACCACCCCUACUGCACCACCCCUACUGCACCACCCCUACUGCACCACCCCUACUGUGCCACCCCUACUGCGCCACCCCUACUGCACCACCCCUACUGCACCACCCUACUGCACCACCCUACUGCACCACCCCUACUGCACCACCCCUACUGCACCCCCUCUCUACUGCACCACCCCUACUGCACCCCCCCAUACUGCACCACCCCUACUGCGCCACCCCUACUGCACCACCCCUACUGCGCCACCCCUACUGCACCCCCUCCCUACUGCACCACCCCUACUGCACCACCCCUACUGCACCACCCUACUGCACCACCCCUACUGCACCACCCCUACUGCACCACCCUACUGCACCACCCUACUGCACCACCCCUACUGCACCACCCCUAAUGCACCACCCCUACUGUACCAUCCCUACUGCGCCACCCCUACUGCACCACCCCUACUGCACCACCCUACUGCACCCCCCUACUGCACCACCCCUACUGCACCACCCUACUGCGCCACCCCUACUGCGGCACCCCUACUGCACCACCCUACUGCACCACCCCUACUGCACCACCCUACUGCACCACCCCUACUGCACCACCCCUACUGCACCACCCCUACUGCACCACCCUACUGCACCACCCCUACUGCACCACCCUACUGCACCACCCCUACUGCGGCACCCCUACUGCACCACCCUACUGCACCACCCCUACUGCACCACCCCUACUGCACCACCCUACUGCACCACCCCUACUGCACCACCCCUACUGCGGCACCCUACUGCACCACCCCUACUGCACCACCCUACUGCACCACCCCUACUGCACCACCCCUACUGCACCACCCCUACUGCACCCCCUCCCUACUGCACCACCCCUACUGCACCACCCCUACUGCACCACCCCUACUGCACCACCCUACUGCACCACCCCUACUGCACCACCCUACUGCACCACCCCUACUGCACCACCCCUACUGCACCACCCUACUGCACCACCCCUACUGCACCACCCCUACUGCACCACCCUACUGCACCACCCUACUGCACCACCCCUACUGCACCACCCCUACUGCACCACCCCUACUGUACCACCCCUACUGCGCCACCCCUACUGCACCACCCCUACUGCACCACCCUACUGCACCCCCCUACUGCACCAACCUACUGCGCCACCCCUACUGCGGCACCCCUACUGCACCACCCCUACUGCACCACCCUACUGCACCACCUCUACUGCACCACCCCUACUGCACACCCCCUACUGCACCCCCUCCCUACUGCACUCCCCCUACUGCACCAAUCCUACUGCACCCACCUCUACUGCACUACCCCCCACUGCAUCCUCACUACUGCACCUCACCUACUGCACCCUCACUACUGCACUCCCCCUACUACACCCCUACCCCCCCUAUUGCCCUUCCCCUACUGCAUCCACCCCUACUGCACCACCCCUAUUGCACCCCCCUACUGUAUUUCUCCUACAGCACCUCCAUACUGCACCCCCCAUACUGCACCUCCAUACUGUAUUACCUCACGCUGCACCUCCCCAUUCACUGA